CAUACCACCGCCUCCGUGGAUUACGGCGUCCAAACUGUAACUUGAAAUGUCUCCAACUGGUCCAUUUAUAAUUUUAUAUCAGAUUGUGUUUUGUGUGUGUGACGACGGAAAAAAUGUAUAACAACUCCGCCUCUUUUUUUAUUCUCUCUCAAACUUUCUGUCUUGUCUCUCACACACUGCGAUUCACGGUGGUGUGAUUCUCACAGAGGCAAACAGUCAAGUGCUGCUGUACUCACAAAUGCAUGGUACACAGAAAUUAAAUAAAGAAUUUUCAGGAAGACAACAUAGUAAGUACAUCAUACCCAUCAUACCAUUUUUCCGUUCGCCAAGGUCGCGAAAAUUUUUCGACCAAUGGUAGGGCUCCGCAUAAAAUUUUUCGGCCAAUCACAGUUGGCGACACAUCUUGGACAAGUUUGGACAAGUUUGGACAAGUUUGAACAAAUUUGGACAAGCGAAGGAACGCCACCAAGCGGAGGUGUCAGGAAUACAAAAACCUUGAACGAUGAGUCAUUCUCGUCCUUGACACGCGUGCAACACGUGCCUAACUACAACAGUGCCACAAAGCUUGCCCCCCCCCUUUACAACGAUUCUCCCGAUUAUUUAUACAUACAAGUAUGGCAGAAUCCGCCAACAACACCUAACGAAUGGACGACACUGAGUCUUCGGGGAUCUUUCACAUCGUGAACGUGCCGACAACACAUUCGAUCUAGCCGUCAACUUCUAAUUACAACGCCAUGUUAGACGAGAUCGAUCCUCUUUCUACGGACAAAUCUCACGUCAACUCUCAGGGUACAUCGGUUAAUUUAAAAAAAUCGCAACUAACGAGCUUUUCUUUGACCGCCCUCGAAGAAAGAAUCGGCUACGAAUUCACGGACAAAACUUUGUUAGGUCGCGCACUGACCCACAGCUCAGCCAAUGCAACGAAAUGCCCAUCUCGAGACGGAGAAAACCUGGAGGUUUUAGGGGAUGCAUCCUUGGAUACCGUUGUUUUGGAUCUUCUUCUGGAUCUAAACCCUCGGUAUAACCAAGGACAGCUAUCUGUCUUGAAGUCGGCCAUAACAUGCAACGACACGCUAGCUGUUAUUGCGGUCAGAACGGGCCUACAUUUGUUACUGCAACAUCGGCUCCCAGCAAAACAAGUAAAAGAACUCGAAAGUUUUGUGGACCAUCAGAACAAAAACCAUCAUUUAUUCUCGCACGAAAAAGAACUCGUCGUUAUCUCUUCAUCUGAAGGAGACCGAGCCUUUGAGAUUGACUAUCCGAAAGUUUACGCCGAUGCGUUUGAGUCUCUCAUUGGCGCGUUGCGUAUAGAUUGCGAUCGAGAAGACAAGGUCAUCAGACAAGUUGUCUUAAACCUCAUGGGCUUCGUGAUAGUCAAAUUCCACACAAACAUUCCCGUCUGCCCACUACAACGUGUGAAUCAAAAUAGAAUCAAGCCCGAAUUCAAGGAAGAAAAGAACCUUCCAGACGGAACUGUCAACGUCACAUUGGAAGUAAAGAAUUUUCAAUCCUUCCACGGUUCCGGACCAUCAUUGAAGUCAGCCAAGACUGCUGCAGCAAAGCUUGCUAUAACGACGAUGCCUUGGUGUCCAACCCAAAACCAAGCACAAGGGAGAAAACACAAGCGAACUAAAAGUGACCCCUUAUAUGGGCAGCUUUUAGAGAAGGGGCUGGGCACGGAACACGGAGCGUGCCAUCCUAAUUAUAUUGAUCGGCUUAAAUAAAAGUUGCCGCUUUAAAUUUUAUCCUGAUAGGCUCUGCCGUUACUGCACACGACAAAAAAACAUGGAUUCCUUAUCUCCCCCACGACCAAUUACUGCUGCGGAAUACAUCGAGAAGAUGUUAGGCUACCGAUUUACAGACGAGAGUUGGUUGCAUAUGGCAAUUCAACAACCGACGGCCAAUGUAAGAAACGCAGCCAAGGAGGCAGGGAAGUUGGAGCUGAUUGGCGAUCGUGCUCUUGACUUGAUUAUAGUGGAUGAAUGUGAAACGCGGAAGCCAGAAUAUGGAGCGAGCCAAUUGACUACAGUCAAAUCAGCUUUGAUCUGCAACAACACCUUAGCGGUCA